UGAGAAAGAGAGAGUGUGGUUGUGUGGGUGAGCCACCAUUACUGCAGCAGCCGGCGGUCGUCAUCCACCUCUCCUACCACCAUGUUGCGCUCCUCCAUCACCAGGGCCUCCUGCCUCGUCAGGGCCGCCGUGCUCCCCACCACCUCCAGGCUACCUGCAGCCACAGCGAGCCGCAGCAUGUCCAAACACUCGAAAGAGACUGACGAAGAAUUGGAUGCUAGAUAUGAAGCUUAUUUCUCAAGGCCUGAAAUUGAUGCUUGGGAAAUUCGUAAGGCCAUGAACGAUUUGUGUGGUAUGGAUUUGGUGCCAGAGCCUAAGAUUAUCAUUGCUGCCUUGAAGGCCUGUAGGCGCAACAACGAUUUUGCUCUAGCAGUUCGCUUUUUGGAGGCAGUGAAGGAGAAGUGCGGUCGCAAAGAAAAGGCUAUUUACCCAUACAUUCUUCAGGAGAUCAACCCAACCCUGCAGGAUCUUGGUAUCAGCACUCCAGAAGAAUUGGGUUAUGACAAGCCUGAGCUUGCUCUUGCUACUGUAUAUGAAUGAAAUAGAUCCCUGACUGCAUAAAAUUUUAUUAGUGGCAAGGAAUCCUUCCAUAACGUGCAGGGAUACUCUAGAGCCUGACAAGUACUUAUACUUAUGGAUUGUUCAUGGUCAGUAGUGAUCUGAACAUACGAGUUACCCAAGAGUUGUAUUAUAAAUAUUAAUACAGUUCCCAAUUUAAUUGGGAAUCGUUAAGUGUUUUGUAAGGGAAAUGAUUAAUUUGUACAGUGGGAGAUGAUCCCAAUUUUAAUUUAAUUCACAAAUAUAUAAUGUACAGGA